AGUCACUGUUGUUACCAGCAACUCAAAGAGCGCACGUUUGUCGCCAGGGGUAAGUGUUUCAGUAACGUUUCUUUGCCAUAUCUUGACUUCUGAGGAAGGCAUAUUAAUCGGCAGUUCAAUGUUUGAUGAACAUGAAAGUUAAAAAGCUAUAAACAAAAAGGACAGCCGUUAGUUGAGUUGACAAAGUUGCAAAAGUCGUAGUUCACUCACUUCAACAGUGACUGAAUAGUCAGUCAAGUAAUCUAACUGCCUACUGACAUGGUUAUUGAAAUAUUUGAUUACUUAUAACGAGGCAAUUGUAUCGCAUGGCGACUGAAUCUGAUUAAUUAUCAUGUUCAGUGUAUGUCGAUUUUAAAUAUAUUUUUUGUUCCGUCUUGGUAUUGAUUGUCUAGUGGCUUGGCUUGGCGUAGGUGUUGAAGGGUGCAUCGUCAUCACGUGAUGCCCAAAGUGGGACAUUGGAAUACCAAUUUAUAUAGCUCUGGAAAAAAUUAAGAGACCACUGCAAAAACAUAACUUUCUCUGGUUUUACUAUUUAUAGGUAUGUGUUUGGGUGAAAUUAACAUUUUUGUUUUAUUCUAUAAACUACUGACAACAUUUCUCCCAAAUUCCAAAUAAAAAUAUUGUCAUUUAGAGCAUUUAUUUGCAGAAAAUGACAACUGGUCAAAAUAAAAAAAAAGAUGCAGUGUUGUCAGACCUCGAAUAAUGCAAAGAAAAUAAGUUCAUGUUCAUUUUUAAACAACACAAUACUAAUGUUUUAACUAAGGAAGAGUUCAGAAAUCAAUAUUUGGUGGAAUAACCCUGAUUUUCAAUCACAGCUUUCAUGCGUCUUUGCAUGCUCUCCACCAGUCUUUCACAUUGAUGUUGGGUGACUUUAUGCCACUCUUGGUGCAAAAAUUCAAGCAGCUCGGCUUUGUUUGAUGGCUUGUGACCAUCCAUCUUCCUCUUGAUCACAUUCCAGAAGUUUUCAAUGGGGUACAGGUCUGGAGAUUGGGCUGGCCAUUACAGGAUCUUGAUCUGGUGGUCCUCCAUCCACACCUUGAUUGACCCGGCUGUGUGGCAUGGCGCAUUGUCCUGCUGGAAAAACCAAUCCUCAGAGUUGGGGAACAAUGUCAGAGCAAAAGGAAGCAAGCUUUCUUCCAGGACAACCUUGUACGUGGCUUGAUUCAUGCGUCCUUCACAAAGACAAAUCUGCCCGAUUCCAGCAUUGCUGAAGCACCCCCAGAUCAUCACCGAUCCUCCACCAAAAUUCACAGUGGGUGCGAGACACUGUGGCUUGUAGGCCUCUCCAGGUCUCCGUCUAACCAUUAGACGACCAGGUGUUGGGCAAAGCUGAAAAUUGGACUCAUCAGAGAAUAUGACCUUACUCCAGUCCUCUACGGUCCAAUCCUAAUGGUCUUUUGCAAACCUCAGCCUGGCUCUUCUUUGCUUCUCAUUGAUGAAGGGCUUUUUUCUAGCUUUGCAUGACUUCAGCCCUGCCCCUAGGAGCCUGUUUCGAACCGUCCUCGCCGUGCACUUCACCCCAGCUGCCGUUUGCCAUUCUUUUUGUAGGUCACUUGAUGUCAUCCUACGGUUGUUGAGUGACAUUCAAAUGAGUUGGCGGUCAUCCCGGUCAGUAGAGAGUCGUUUUCGCCCUCUGCCGGUCUGUAGCUUUGUUGUCCCCAAUGUCUGCUGCUUGACCUUGUUUGAAAUUUUAAGGAUGGAAGCAACCUGACGCUCACUGUAUCCCUCUGCCAGUAAAGCCAGAAUUUAACCCUUCUUUUCCUCACUCAAAACUUUCCUUUUCAACUCUUUUGGCAUGGUCAAUAGUUAUUUUUUUAUUAAUAUUACUUUUGAGGUACUAUUAGCACUGUUUUUGCCAUCCAGCUGGUCCUAUUGCAAGUGGAUAGUGAUGACCACAGCAGUGGUUUUUAUACUUUUCCUCGUUAAAUAAAAUGUGGUUCAUGUGAUCACCUAAUCAGUACCUAAUUCAGUAGAAUGAGUUGUGCCUGUGUUGGAAUUCAACAGACACUGGAAUGGAAUGGCUGUCAUACAUGUAGAGAUGCUGAUUUAAGAAAAAAUUUCCAGAGCGGUGUAUAUAUAUAUAUAUAAAAAUAAUGUCUAAAAUUAUGCUUAAUCCGAAAAUGUGGUCGGGAGCUCAGUAUGGAGGGUGUGACGCAGUUGCGCCGCCUCCAGAGGCAUGCAGAGGCCAAAUUGAGCUCUGUACCGCAUCAUAGAGCGCCUCUCAAAUUUUGUAACACUGCAGAGGGCUCCGCAUAGACAUGAUUGGUUGUCUUGUAUAGACACAAACUCACUUCCUUGACAACAGCUCUGCACUGCUCCGCGACGCACACGAUGUAUGAAUGCCCUGACUUCUGCAGAGGCCAUAUGCUGCACUGUAAAUGCUGCACGGCCAAUGCAUACUACAGAUUGACCAUGCAGGGCCUUUUUGGGUGCUGCUGAAGACUAAAUCAAAUCACAUUUUAUCUGUCACAUACACGUGUUUAGCAGAUGUUAUUGCGGGUGUAGCGAAAUGCAGUAAUAUCUAACAAGUAAUAUCUAACAAUUUCACAACAUAUACCCAAUACACACAAAUCUAGUAAGAAACAGAAUUUAAGAAUAUAUACAUAUAUGGACAAGCGGCAUGGACUAAGAUACAGUAGAAUAUUAUAGAAUAGAAUACAGUAUAUACAUAUGAGAUGAGUAGUGCAAGGUAUGUAAACAUUAUUAAAGUGACUAGUGUUCCAUUUCUUAAAGUGGCCAGUGAUUUCAAUAGGCAGCAGCAGCCUCUAAUGUGUUGGUGAUGGCUAUUUAACAGUCUGAUGACCUUGAGAUAGAAGCUGUUUUUCAUUCUCUCGGUCCCAACUUUGAUACACCUGUACUGACCUCGCCUUCUGGAUGAUAGCGGGGUGAACAGGCAGUGGAUCGGGUGGUUGAUGUCCUUGAUGAUCUUUUUGGCCUUCCUGUGACAUCGGGUGCUGUAGGUGUCUUGGAGGGCGGGUAGUUUGCCCCCGGUAAUGCGUUCAGCAGACCGCACCACCCUCUGGAGAGCCCUGCGGUUGCGGGUGGUGCAGUUGCCGUACCAGGCAGUGAUACAGCCCGACAGGAUGCUCUCAAUUGUGCAUCUGUAAAAGUUUGUGAGGGUUUUAGGUGCCAAGCAAAGUUUCCUAAGAGCUAGUCGCGAGGCCGCCAUCCUCGUCGGCACCAGUGUAUCAGUGGACGUUCCUGAGGGCUAAUGUAAAUGUUGUCCAAGCAUUUGAGGCAUUUAUCCGACUAAUUUUUUCUCAAUACAUAGUUUAUCCUACUAGACAUAAUCAGAUCACCCAUAGUGGUCAAAAAUAUCAUUCCUGGUUAAAAUGAUAAACAGGAGAUGUUAUACAAACAGUUCAUGGUCUUGAUGAUGAUCCAGGGAAUAAGGAAGGCUAAUCAUUUUGGAGGUAGCCUACUUGAUCAUAAUACAUCAUCUUUUGUUGCGAAAUUGACUUACCCAUGAAAAAAGAUUCCAUGCCUCAGUUCAUGUUCAAAUGGCUAUGUCACCUGACUUUUAAACUGUUUAGAUUUGAUCAGAUAUAUACUUUAGGCCUACUAUAUAAUUCACAUAGAAAUAUUAUGUCAUUACUGUAGGCAAGUGUUUAUUAAUCCUGGUCCUGGGAAAAAACCCAAAAGGGUGCACAUUUUUGCUUUUCUCUAGCACUACACAGCUGAUUCAAAUGAUCAACCAAUCAUCAAGCUUUGAUGAUUUGAAUCAGGUGUGUAAUGCUAUGCUAAGGAAAAAACAAAAAUGUGCACCCAUUUGGGUCCCCAGGACCAGGAUUAAAGAACACUGCUGUAGCUGUAGGCUAGUCACUAGGAAUGGGCAUUCAACAUUUUUUUUAUGUGCUCAUUUAUCUAUAGGCCUGUGCCAACAGUGCACAACAAUGCCUGACUUAUCAUAACCUUUACAGAUAACAAAUCCUAAUUGAUAAAUUGCCCCAUAUACAGUGCCUUCAGAAAGUAUUCAUACCCCUUGACUUAUUCCAUAUUUAGUUGUGUUACAGCCUGAAUUGAAAAUUGAUUAAAUAUAUGUUCUUUCUCACCCAUCUACACACAAUACCCCAUAAUGACGAAAUGAAAAUAUGUUUUUAGAAAUUUGUGCUAAUUUAUUGAAAAUGAAAUACAGAAAUAUCUAAUUUACAUAAGUAUUCACACCCCUUAGUCAAUACUUUGUAGAUGUAACCUUUGACAGCGAUUACAGCUGUGAGUCUUUCUGGGUAAGUCUUUAAGAGCUUUCCACACCUGGAUUGUGCAACACUUGCCCAUUUUAUUAUUUUCAAAAUUCAUCAAGCUCUGUCAAAUUGGUUGUUGAUCAUUGCUAGACAACUAUUUUCAGGUCUUGCAAUAGAUUUUCAAGUAGAUUUAAGUCAACUGUAACUCAGCCCUCAGGAACAUUCACAUUCUACUUGGUAAGCAACUCCAAUGUAGAUUUGACCUUGUGUUUUAGGUUAUUGUCCUGCUGAAAGGUAAAUUCAACUCCCAGUGUCUGGUGGAAAGCAGACUGAACAAGGUUUCCCUCUAGGAUUUUGCCUGUUCUUAGCUCUAUUCAGUUUCUUUUUUAUCCUGAAAAACACCCCAGUCCUUAACGAUUACAAGCAUACCCAUGACAUGAUGCAGCCACCACUAUGCUUGAAAAUAUGGAGAGUGGUACUGAGUUAGGAGUUGGUACUGAGUUAGGAAGGACACCUGUAUAUUUGUAGUGACUGGGUCUAUUGAUACACCACCCAGAGUGUAAUGAAUAACUUCAUCAAGCUCAAAGGGAUAUUCAAUGUCUGCUUUUUUUUUUUUUUUACCCAUCUACCAAAAGGUGCCCUUCUUUGUGAGCCAUUGGAAUACCUCCUUGGUCUUUUUGGUUGAAACUGUGUUUGAAAUUCACUGCUUGACUGAGAGACAAUUAUCUGUAAGGUAUGUGUGGGGUACAGAGAGGAGGUAGUCAUUCAAAAAUCAUGUUAAACACUAUUAUUGCACACAGAGUGAGUCCAUGCAACUUAUUAUGCGACUUGUUAAUCACAUUUUUACUCUCACUUAUUUAGGCUUGCCAUAACAAAAGGGUUGAGUACUUAUUGACUCAAGACAUUUCAGCUUUUCAUUUUUUAUUAAUUUGUAAACAUUUCAAAGAACAUAAUUCUAAUUUGACAUCUGAAUGCAUGUGCCAUUUAAGAUUAAUUUGAAUGAAACUAUAAUAUCAACUGGUUAUUAUAUCGUGGAACACAAUCUUCAAAAAGGCAGUAACCUGGAGUUUGCUUGUAGAAGCUUAUGGCUGUACAAUGGCAUAGCCUUGCUUUGUUAAUUUAGCAGACAAGACACUCUUAUUUUCCGAGCCCUUAUCACACUCAAGACACCUAUUUUUAUAGUAAAAAAACAUGAUGUAAUAUAACAGAAUAAAAUGGAACAGAUUAUUUUUCCAAAUGAAAAAAGCUGCCAGUGCAAAGUGAUAUGCAUCUUGCAUCUGGAACAGUUAUUCUGAGUGAUCAUUUGAAAUGGGACUCAAUUUGGCGAGUUGAAAGACACUUUUUUCAGGGUUACAAACCAAAAUCUGUCUUAAACAGACGUUCUAUUUAGUUUAUUCUGCCUGUUCUUUGGACAUGUAUGUUUUCAAUGAGGAAUUUCUAAUCCAUUUUGAACACUGCAUGGUGAUGAAUUACGGCCAUGACAUCUGUUUGGAGUAGGCCUUUGAUUAAUGAUUCUGAUGAAAAGACGCUCUUUGUCUUUAUCAAACUAAUGUUUUUGCGUAUUUUCAGUGUGGAAACUGGCUAUGUUUAGGGGGCUAUAUCCUAGGCCAGAGAUGGGCAACUUUGAUGGGGUAGGGGCCACAAAAAAUCUGAAAUCAUCAAUAGUUGCUGCAGUGGCUCACAGGUCUGUGUACCCACAUCCAUACCCACACAAGCAGACAGUCGUCCAUAGCGUUUUGGGAGCCCUAAGCAACAUUUUGUUUAACAGCUAAUUUCCUGUAAUUCUACACAUUUUGCCAUAGAGUGGAGAGAAACAUUUGCAGUUUUUAAUAUGAUAUCUGAGUCAGAGUGACCAACAAAAUCAAUGGGGGCCCCCUGGUCAGUAAUUCGACCUUGAUUACUACAAGUUUAGAUAGCUGGCCGCUAGACUAACUUACCCAAAAAAAUGUUUGCUGACAUGGGCUAAUUGAGUGACUGUCAGUGACUGACAUAACAACAGAAAAACGUCUGAUGCACAACAUUUCGAAAUUGCACCUUGGAGAUUCUACUAUUGUAACUCAACGGUAAGUUGAGACCCCAAAUUAGUUCCUUUUUUUUAGGGAUAUUGAUCCACGGGCCUACAAAAAGGGGUCAGAGGGCCGCCAGUUGCCCAUCCCUGGUCUAGGCUAACCAAUUCUUAAUGGCACUAGCAGUUCGCAAAAUAGCCUAAGCAGAAGUAGACGGGACGCAAAUAUUCCAAAACUGCAGCUCGUUGUUGGAACACAUAUAUUUUCCUACUUCAAUCAACCAGUCGAUUUUGAAUUUGUGAUAAAACUGUUGUCAUUUGGCAAGGAAUGUAGCUUGUGUAUCCCAUCAGUUCGAUACAUUUUAUAGGCAUUUAUUUCUAUAGACCUAUAGGGAGCUUGUGUGCGCACUCGGCACAUUUGUGUGUAGGCAGCGGUCAGAACGCAAUUGAGUGAAUGAGACACAGAGGGGAAGGGAAUUUAGGGAGAAGAACUGUGUGAUGCUUGGCUUGAUUUAUUUUUUGCUUUUUGUUGUGCCCCGCAAAUGCACAUGUACAAAUGGAACACUAGAGUGUUAACGUUGUCUUCAAGACAAAAUUUAACUUACCUGUUCGGGAAGCCACAAAGCACAUUCCACCAAAUAGUUUCAGUAUUUUUUAUAUCUGGUUAAAGAUCGAGCUUUGACGUCCGUUGGAGUACUUGGUUACUCAUACCCAUCCCUACUAGUCACUAAGCUAAACUUGCAGUCGCACACCAGAUAAAUGUAAAUAGGCCUAUGAAAACCUUAAAUAUUUUAACUUAAUGCAAACAGCAGAUUUGAUAUGAAAUUGCUUCUAAAAUAUAAUUGAAAUGGAUGGAAAUGUACUGUUUUCUAUCUGUAAACUACUCAAGAAUGUGUCAAGAUUCAGCUGAUUUUGCAAUGGCUCUGAUUGCAUUGAUUUUCCUUCUAGAUUUUGCGCCUCAGUAAGAUAGUCCGAAGACAAAAGUAUAUGCCCCCGAUGAACCUUCAUUUGCCUAUCUUUGCAAAAAGAACAAUUGAAAAUUAAAGAUUUGUAAUAUGAUGAAAAAUAGGUGUUUAUCUGAAUGAACCUCAUUCUUCUGUCUCAGAAAUGUUCCUGUACAUUCUUGGACUGGUGGCUUUUUGGUUUGUGUUCCGCUGGUACAGGGAACUCGCAAGAGUACCCAAUAAAGGACAGAAAUAUGUCUACAUCACUGGCUGUGACUCUGGGUUCGGGAACCUUCUAGCCAGACAUCUGGACAAGCUGGGCUUCUGUGUGAUCGCAGCCUGCUACACUGAGAAGGGGGAGGAUGAGCUGAAGAAGGUCUCUUCUGAACGACUGAACACAGUCCACCUGGAUGUCGUCAGCACUGACAGUGUCAACAAAGCAACAGCAUUUAUCAAAACCUUGGUUGGGGAGAAGGGUGAGUGUCUUUGAAGACCAGUUUAGCCAAAUGUUGCAACUCUCUUAAAAAUUGCCUCCAAGGCUUUUCUGACUUAAAUUGGGGGAAACGUUUGUUAUUCAAAAUAUCCAAGUAUCUAGACUGACUACUGCUCUACUCAUUUGUUCUAUUACCAUGAGUCAGAGUCAACUGUUGCUAUGGAAUUUCCAACCACAAACAAGUUAACCCAACAUCUCUGAACACACCUUCUCACUGAAAGAGCCCUCACUCCCACAUGUGACAACUGGCAUGUAAGCACUUGUUGACACCUGUAGGCAUGGAAUGUUUUCCUCCAUCCAUUGUGACUGCUGCCUGUGUCCUGCUGUGUGUGUGAUGUUGGUACAUAACAAGGCUCUACUUUCAUGCCAUUUCAGGUCUGUGGGCUGUGGUGAACAAUGCUGGAGUCUCUGUACCAUCUGGUCCCUGUGACUGGAUGACCAUCGACGACUACAAGUCCAUGCUGGAUGUGAACCUCAUUGGAGUCAUUGGUGUAACUCUGAGCGUCCUGCCCCUCAUCAAGAUGGCCAGGGGUAGGGUGGUGAAUGUGGCCAGCGUGUUUGGGAGGAUAAGUGCCUUCGGGGGUCCCUACUGUGUGUCAAAAUAUGGAGUGGAGGCUUUCAAUGACAGUCUGCGGUGAGUGUCCUUGCUUUUUGUCUAAGCAUAUACUGUAUCACGGUUAUUUGAAUUUGAAACUGAAUCGUGAUGCUCAGAGCAUUGUUCUCUAUGGCUCCGACUUCAUAUGAAUACUGUAUUGCAGAUGUAUUAAUGUUUGUUGUGGCAUAUUCUUGUUUUUGAAUUCCAGGAUGAACAUGUCAGCUUUUGGAGUUAAAGUCCUGUGUCUGGAACCAGGAUUUUUCAAAACAAGUGUGACUGAUCUACAUCUCCUGAGAAAAAAUGUAAAGACAUUGUGGGACAAACUGCCUGAAGAAAUCAAAGAUCAAUAUGGACAUGAUUACCCAGAGAGAGGUAAGUUAUUUAUUUUUUAAACAAAACAAACAUACACAUGAACCUAUGCAUGCUGCUGUAAUAUGAUAGAUGCAAAUAGGAUUCUCGUAACCUAUGUGACAGAAUGACAAGCUCUCCAAGAACGCAUUGACAAGGAUUGCCCAGAGCAAGUGAACUGAGCAGUCAGGCAAGUUCAGCCUGCCUGCCUUUGACCUAGACCUCAAACAGUCAGACAUACAAUUUCUUCAUUGUGUUCCAAGAUGUCAAAAUCAGCUUGUUGAUGGAGGCAAUACCUUUCUUCCAGCAAAUGUUACAUUGGAGAAGAAUGUUGCGACGUUGCUGGAUGGGGACCUGAUGAAGGUUGUGAGCUGCAUGGAGCAUGCCAUCUCUGCUGUCCACCCUCGUACCCGCUACUCACCUGGCUGGGAUGCCAAGUUCUUAUGGUUGCCUAUGUCCUACCUGCCAACUUGGAUCGCAGACAAAAUGCUCUUAAAAGAUAUGGCCAACCCAACAGGAUCUAUUCUUUAAUGUUAAUGGUUGUCUGACCAAAAGUAGGAGGAAGUCUUUAUUUACACCCACAGGAGAGCAAGAAAAAUGUAAUGCGGUGCGUUUUUUAUCAUUGGAAAAAAUUUAUAGCAUGUGAUUCAACCAAUGAAUGGAAAAAUAAACACUAAUUUGUUUUCAAACUUAAACAGA